CACCUCCUCGCGUCCCACCGCCCAGCCGGCUCCUCCCACCCCCCGGGCCUGCUGCGAGGCUGCGACCUCUGCGCCCGCACGGAUUUGAAACCUUUUUGUGGCGGCGGCGGCGGCGGUGGCGACGGCGGCGACGGCGGCGGCCGCUCGGAAAGCUUGCACGCUGAAUUAUGGAAAUGGGAAGCGAAGAAGAAAAAUGGGAGAAGCUGGAUGCGGAAUUUGAUCACUUUGUGGUAGAUAUGAAGCCCUUUGUUCUAAAAUUACCCCAUAGGUCAGAGCGGCAGAGGUGUGCACUUUGGAUUAGAAAACUGUGUGAGCCUUCAGGAACAGGAGCAGGGGUCACAGGCAGGAGGAAUCGGAAUCUGUACGCAAAGCUCUUACUACACAUGCUCAGGCGAGGGGCUCUCGAGGGCCCUUUCACCCACCGCCCUGAGCCAGGGACGCUGAAAACUUUACCUUCAUACAUGUCCAUCUAUUUUGAUGAACCAAAUCCAGCCCAAGCCAAAGGAUUGUCCAGCCCAGAAGGAUUACCAGACUGGGUGAUGGGCGAGCUGGGGAACGGUGAGCACAGACUCAGCGAGUCACGGACGCUCUCUUCUGGAGAAGAUUGCUCUUUGGUACAGUCGCCGACCCAUGUCCAGAGGGAACAAUGCAUUGCAAAGCUCCAAACCAGAUCACAGUCUAUGAGUCCAACCUACAGAGAUGAUGGACAGAUUAUUACCCCAAGGAGUUAUGAAAUUCAUUCGAGGAAAUCUGCUCUUUCUUUGGAUGACAGUGACAUCGAAGCUCGCCUUAAUAGUUGGAAUCUUGGGGUAAAAAAGUAUUUGUUUCAUAUAGAAAAUCCUCGGUACCUGAGACAGAAGCCUAUCCCCGUUACUUUGCAGAUGACUCCCAAAUUCAGCCUGAGAAAAUCCAGCAGUCUCCAGGAGGAUCAGUUACUGUCUCGAAUGCAUGGGAAGGAGUUGGACAUGAAAACAAAAAUGAUGGAAGCUCAAUAUCAUGAAGAGAAACUUAAACUGCAACAGAAGCAUGACGCUGAUGUUCAGAAGAUUUUAGAAAGAAAGAAUAAUGAAAUAGAAGAAAUGAAAACUUUAUACAAAAAGAAACAAAAUGAAACAGAGGAGACUAUUAGAAAACUUGAAAAGAAAGUUCAGACCCUUGUACGUGAAUGUCAAGUUAUCAGAGAGACCAAAGAUAACCAGAUUGCAGAGUUAAAAAAGAUAUGUGAACAAAGUACAGAAUCUCUGAAUAAUGAUUGGGAAAAAAAGCUCCACAAUGCUGUAGCAGAAAUGGAAAAGGAAAAGUUUGAACUUCAGAAGCAGCACACUGAAAAUAUCCAAGAGCUGCUUGAGGACACAAACGUACGUCUGAACAAAAUGGAGGGUGAAUACGUGGCACAAACACAGUCCACAAACCAGAUGAUCAAAGAACUGGAGUCCCGUGUCCAGCAGCUGACUGGAGAAGCAGAGAACAGUAAUUUACAGAAGCAGAAAUUAAUUCAAGAAAAAUUGGAACUUGAGAGAUGUUGCCAGAUAACAUGUAAUGAAUUACAAGAAGUAAAGGCAAGGCGCAACACAUUGCAUAAAGAGAAGGAUCAUCUUGUAAAUGAUUAUGAGCAAAACAUGAAACUGUUACAAACCAGAUAUGAUGCUGAUAUAAACCUUCUGAAAAAGGAACAUGCUCUUUCAACUUCUAAGGCAUCUGGUAUGAUUAAAGAAUUAGAACAGAACAUCUGUCAAUUAAAACAGCAGUUACAGGAAUCAGAACUUCAAAGAAAGCAGCAGUUAAAGGAUCAAGAAAAUAAGUUUCAAAUGGAGAAAUGUCACUUAAAACGCACCUAUGAGAAAAAGGUUCAUGACUUGCAGACUGAACUUGAUAAAGAAAAAGAAGACGCUCAAAAGAAAAUCCAUAAAUUUGAGGAGGCUUUGAAGGAAAAAGAGGAGCAGCUCACCCGUGUGACUGAGGUUCAGAGGCUGCAGGCACAGCAGGCAGAUGCAGCGCUGGAGGAGUUCAAGCGGCAGGUGGAGCUGAACUCGGAGAAGGUCUACGCGGAAAUGAAAGAGCAGAUGGGAAAAGUGGAAGCCGAUCUAACUAGGUCCAAGUCUCUUCGUGAGAAACAGUCGAAGGAGUUUCUGUGGCAGCUGGAGGACGUCAAGCAAAGACACGAGCAGCAGAUAGUAGAGCUGAAGCUGGAGCAUGAACAGGAGAAGACGCACCUAUUACAGCAGCAUAACGCAGAGAAGGAUAGCCUAGUCCGAGACCAUGAACGGGAAAUUGGAGACCUGGAGAAACAGCUUCACACUGCCAAUAUGGAGCACGAAAAUCAAAUCCAAGAGUUCAGGAAACGAGAUUCACAGGUUAUUGCUGACAUGGAGGCACAAGUCCACAAGUUGAGAGAAGAGCUGAUCAGCGUGAACUCCCAGCGGAAGCAGCAGCUGGUGGAGCUCGGUCUUCUUCGUGAAGAGGAGAAGCAGAGGACUGCUCGGGACCAUGAGGCUGCCGUCAACAAACUGAAGGCUGAGUCAGAAAAGAUGAAAAUAGAGCUGAAAAAGACUCAUGCCGCUGAGACAGAGAUGACGCUGGAAAAGGCCAACAGCAGGCUGAAGCAGACCGAGAAAGAAUACACUCAGAAGCUUGCCAAAUCCUCACAGAUCAUAGCAGAGCUUCAGACGACCAUCUCCUCUCUGAAAGAGGAGAGCAGCCAGCAGCGGCUCGCUGCAGAAAGGCAGCUCCAGGACGUUGUACAGAAGUUUGAAGAUGAGAAGAAGCAGCUGAUUAGAGAUAAUGACCGAGCAAUCAAGGUCAAAAUAUGAACACCCCACUCCCUGCUUCCAAAAUAUACAUGGGGAAAUCCUUACACAUCCCGCCUACUCACUGAAGGACGAAUGAAUCAUCUGUUUUUUCUGAAGUAAAACAGUAAAUUCAAACCUCAUGAAAGGAAGGAUAUGGUGACUUCAUGUUUUUUAACUAGAAAAAGCUUUAAAAAUUCUUUUUUUCUUUAUUAUGGAAACUUUCAAACAUACGCAGAAGUAGGGAGAAUAAUAUGCAGAAUCCCCAUCUACCCACCACCCGGCUUCACCAGUUUUUAACAGUUUGCGGGACUGGCUCCUUCUUGGCAGUGUCUUUCAUACGCUCUGCUUUCCUUCCUUGCUCAUCUCCUUGGCUACGCGAGUUGCCGCUGGUGAGGCCCCUCCUGUGUCUCACCCAGCAGAGGUUCGUCGGCCUCCUUGAUUCCUGACCACAGACUUAACGCAAAAUCAACGACUUUGAGAACCCCAGUUUUAUACUUAAAUAGGGCAAAACUUCAUCCGCAAUCUUUUUCGCUUACAUCUGAUUUAAUCCAGUCCCUUCAAAUAAAAGAACCUGCAUCAUUCAAGGUCCCACUUCCGGGAGAACACGUUCUAUGGGCCAGCACUCAGGGAAGGAGCCGUUUACGCUUCGGCCCUCAUACGGAUGGCUGGCCCAGAAGAUGUACCGCCGACCUCGUGGUGACUUGUGACCAAGCCAGACACAAGCGUGAGCCACGACCUGGCAACACAGAAUGAGGCAGGGUGCACGGAAGACACACCAAAUCUCAAGUCAGUGAGAACCGGUCUGAAAACUCCUAAAAAGUGGAGGGCACAGUUCUGUAGAAUGUGUGAUUCAGGAGAAAGGUGACUUCUGUGCUACUGAUUCUGUUUCGAUCUGCAAGUGGAUUUUUCCACAUUUCUCACAACUGAGGUUUUUGGUAAAGAUGGGAAAGUGGGGAGUUUGAGAUCAUGCUGUCUGGUGAGACCCUGCAGUGCAGGUGUCCCGGGUUAUGAGACAAGUCUGCGUGCUCGGCCGGCCAGAUGGACGCCCACCCCCCAGUCCCACCCUCAGAUGAGGGGAGGACCUGGCUGAGAGUUUGGCCAAAGACAAGGUCAGAAAUCUCUAGAAAAACUUGUGCUAAAUCCUAAGUCUGAAAGCCUCUGUCAUGCCUUGUACACUAGGGACGCUCUGACUAUAUCUUGUGUAUCAUUACAGCCCAGUCUUUCUCCUUUCCAAUGAAGUUUUCCUGUAUUAAAUAACUUUUUAACCACUUAUAAUUCAAACGAACUUGCAUUUCAUGUGUCCAUUAUUAAAAGGCAUGUAUCUGCCAUCAUUUCAUGUUUGUUUAAGGCCUAUGAGAGAUACUUCGGUGUUUUGUUUUGUUUUGUUUUGUUUUGGCUGCCUUGGGUCUUCGUUGCUGCGCGCGGGCUUUCUCUAGUUGUGGUGAGCGGGUGCUACUCUUCGUUGCGGUGCGUGGGCUUCCCAUGGCGGUGGCUUCUCUUGGGAAGCACGGGCUCUAGGCACGUGGGCUCAGUAGUUGUGACUCGCGGGCUCUAGAGCGCAGGCUCAGUAGUUGUGGCGCAUGGGCUAAGUCGUUCCGCGGCAUGUGGGAUCUUCCAGGACCAGGGCUCGAACCUGCGUCCCCUGCAUUGGCAGGCGGAUUCUUAACCACUGCGCCACCAGGGAAGCCCCGAUACUUUGGUUUUUAGAAGUCCUUAAUGAGUGGCUUUACGAGUUGAGCAGCUGGCCUCGAACCAUGUUUAUAAGUUUUAUGGAAAUAGCGUUGACUAUAAUACUCUUUCUCCGACGAACAGCAGAGCUCUGGGACCAUCACAGGUGCCCCUCUGGGCACAUUAGCUACCCUGGCUUCUCCUCACCCUGGAGAGUCCAUGAAACUGUCAAAUCUUUUACACUUUAAUGUGCUCUCACUACUUUCAUAUUUUAAAUAAACAAAUCAAAUUAUCCUAUAACCGGCUCCCUUUUAAAGAGUGUGGCCUGCCCUCGUUGUUCUUGUAGAGCUGCUUAUGUCAUGUACGUUUUUCUUCUGGAGAAUGUCAUUCUUUGUUCACAGUCCCCACGAAGUUCUCUGAGAGCCGGCUGAGGGUGGCCAGGCCCAGCAAGCCCACUUGCAUGGCAUUUAAAGGCAGGUUUAACUGGGAGAAAAGAACUGUCUUUCCGCAGUGAUGCAAGUUCACACAGCAGAGCUGAGGCGGGGCCUCCUUGUGCAGAAUAAGCAGCAUGGCCGUUCAAGUUGGAUUUUGUUUUAGAUUUUGGCCCAGUGUCGGGCAUUCCAUUCUUUAAUGGCCUUGGGCUUUUCUCAGGAAUAAAGUAGAAGUUCUGUUUUGUGGGUGUGCCAACUGUCAAAUUGGAAGGUUUUUGAAUAAAGAAGCCACAACUUAAAAGAAAGGUCCUUCUUGUGCUCGCUCAGUAGUUGUGGUUGUGUUCAUACAGGCCUCUGGCAAACUGAGGAUGAACAUCUCAUGACCUAAUAACUUUUUAGACUAUGAGUCCAGGAACAGCUGUCCUUUUCCUUUAGUCUGAUACAUUUUCACUUUUUGGAAAGUGGGAUAUUACUUGGUUACUUUCCAUUUUUUAAACAUUUUUUUUUUUGAGUUUUUUUGUUUGUUUUUUUUUUGUGGUACGCGGGCCUCUCACUGUCGUGGCCUCUCCCGUUGCGGAGCACAGGCUCCGGACGUGCAGGCUCAGUGGCCAUGGCUCACGGGCCCAGCCGCUCUGCGGCAUGUGGGAUCUUCCCGGACCGGGGCACGAACCCGCGUCCCCUGCAUCGGCAGGCGGACUCUCAACCACUGCGCCACCAGGGAAGCCCUAUGCUCAUAA